ACAAACUAACCAACUCCACUUAAAACGGACAAGAGAACCUUAAACUUAAAAACAAGGGUCUGUGAAUUAUCCUGAAGAGAAGUGAUUGAACGAAACAGAGGAAAAGGGGAGGAAUUCUGGAGAGACAGGGGUCUCUGCUUAACUGAAUUCUGCCAAUAUCUCCAAAACUUCUCCCAUUAUCUCCGGCUGACAGACAGCCGGAGUAGCUCCAGAGUCCCUGCAGCGGGGACUGAACUUCUCAAAAGAGUGUGUGAGGGUGUACUAGCCUCCAUGCAGAUCCAGAUGAAAUGAAUAAAGCUUCACAGCCUCUAACGGGACCCCCCUCCGCCCCCCCCCAUCCCUCUGCCCCCCUGCCUGCGCCAUCCCCUGGCCUGUCCCAGUCCAGCUUCCCUCCCGGACAACCCCCCGUGGUCUUUGCCACGCCCCCACCACAGAUGAACCCCCCACCCCAGCCCCGACAGCCAUACUAUGCGAGCCGGCCCACGCUGCCUGCCAACCCUGGGCGUGUCCAGCCUAGCUCCGCCCCUCGGCCAAUCCCACCUCCCCAUGGCGCCCACCCACCCACUCACAUGUUCCAGCCUAGCUCCCAGAUGAUGAUGAUCCCCCAGCAGCCAAUUGGAUUCCCCAGCUCCCAGGGCACCUACUACAUAUCUGGACAGUAUCGUCCUCAGUACGUGGCCCCUCAGCAGUACCAAGUUGCAGGUUCUCCAGGGUUCUUCCCAGGAACUAGUCCAGCUGAAUACGCGGGAGCCUACUACCCCGCUCAGCCCCAGUACACGCCUCCUGUUGCGACUGCACCAGUCAUAAUGAACCCCGCCCCUCAGCAACCACAGCCGCCGCCCCAGCAACAGCCACAAGCCCCGCCCAAACGGGAACGCAAACAGAUUAGGAUUCGAGACCCGAAUCAGGGAGGCAGAGAUAUUACAGAGGAGAUAAUGUCAGGUGGCCGAAGUGCCUCUACACCCACACCCCCACAGUCGGCCAUGUCUACAGAGGGUGGAGCCAUCACCCAUACCAACGGUGAGAAUGUCACUGCUGUUGCCAUGGCAAGCAGACCCGUUGAAAGAGUGAAGGCUGUAUCUCCAGCCCUUCCUACCCCUCAGCCUCAGGAAGUGCCCAUUCCCCCCGGGGAAAACCCCCUCCUUGAAGCUCCUCCCAGUCCACCCCUCAGUAGCCCAAUCAGCGACACAGUGGAUGCCCCACCCCCUGCACCUGCUGACAACCCCCGUAUUUCGCCAGUUGCUACAGAGACCACAGCUGCCUCCAAAAAGGAGGAGCUUAAACCAGAAGUGACGUCGCCUUCAGAAGUAGUCAUCACUACCCAGCUAACCAGAACUAAUGGUUUGGGUUUAGCCAUGCCCCUGACCGAUAAAAAGGCUGAGCUAGCACAGACUACAGACCUCCCCAUCUCCACCCCCACGGUUGGGGAGCCGUUAGAUUCACCAAUUGCCCAGCCAGAAGAGCUGCAGCUCUAUAAUGGGUCGGCAGCUCCAGGGGUUCGGGAACAGGAAGCACAAAAAGAUUCCGUGCGUUGUGAUGUCAGUCCGAUUGCUGAACCAGACGUUACCAAGGAAGCCCCGCCUGUUACCGAGGAGACCCCCGCUCCAAGUGUCAAGGAGACCCCCGCUCCGGUUGUCAAGGAGACCCCCGCUCCGGUUGUCAAGGAGACCCCCCCUCCGGUUGUGAAGGAGGCUCCCGCUCCGGUUGUGAAGGAGGCUCCCGCUCCGGUUGUCAAGGAGACCCCCGCUCCGGUUUUCAAGGAGGCUCCCGCUCCGGUUGUCAAGGAGACCCCCGCUCCGGCUGUCAAGGAGGCUCCCGCUCCGGCUGUCAAGGAGGCUCCCGCUCCGGCUGUCAAGGAGGCUCCCGCUCCGGCUGUCAAGGAGACCUCUGCUCCGGCUGUCAAGGAGACCUCUGCUCCGGCUGUCAAGGAGACCUCUGCUCCGGCUGUCAAGGAGACACCUGUGCCAGUUCUCAAGGAAACCCCCACUCCAGUUGUUAAAGACACCCCUUCGCCAGUUGUCAAGGGAACAUCUGCACCUUCUGAUGCUGUUGUUACAGAUGCUGUAAAAGCCACACCCCCUCCUACAGAGGAGCGAGAGGACACGCCCCCACCACAAACCCCUGCUCCAGAGAGCACUAUGCAAGCUGUUUCUGUGCCAAAGAAGAAGAGGAAACUGAAGGAGCUGAACAAAAAGGAAGCUGUUGGAGAUUUACUGGAUGCCUUUAAAGAGCCUGUGCCCACACCCCCAGAACCAGAGGCCACACCCCCAGUUAAGACAGAGCCAGAGGAACCCCAGCCAGCGGCUCCGCCCCCUGUAGAAGAAGUAGAUGAGACGUGGGAGGAUAAACUGGAUGCGGAAAACAUCCAACCACAGAGCCCCCAACCAACCACACCCACUGAACAGAAAUACCAGUACAAAGAGGAACAAUGGAAGCCACUGAACCCAGAGGCGAAGAAGAAAUAUGAUCGCGAGUUCUUGUUGGGAUUUCAGUUCAUCAGCGCCAGCAUGCACAAACCAGAGGGCCUGCCACACAUCAGUGAUGUUGUUUUAGACAAGGCUAAUAAAACCCCUCUUAGGCAGUUAGACCCGAGUCGUUUGCCGGGGAUGAACUGUGGCCCAGAUUUCACUCCAUCAUUCGCCAACCUGGGAAGGCAAUCAAUUGGAGGACGCGGCCCACCGGCUGGGAUGGGGGGUCCCCGGCGGUCUGGUCAGGGUCAGCGUAAAGAACCGCGCAAGAUCCUUCCCACUGUUUCUCUGAGCGAUGAUGUUCAGCUGAACAAGUCGGAGAAUGCCUGGAAACCGUCGGCCAGACAAGGCAGAGCGGGUGAGGAGGAUGAUGCAGAGGCAGCAAAGACUCAGGAGCUUUUCAAACGUGUGCGGAGUGUUCUGAACAAACUCACGCCGCAGAUGUUCCAGCCCCUGAUGAAGCAGGUGACUGAACUGACCAUUGACACAGAGGAGAGGCUGAAAGGAGUCAUAGACCUCAUCUUUGAGAAAGCCAUCUCUGAACCCAACUUCUCUGUUGCCUACGCCAACAUGUGCCGCUGCCUUAUGGGGCUGAAAGUGCCCACAGCCGAUAAACCAGGAGCGACUGUAAAUUUCAGGAAGCUUCUGUUGAACCGCUGUCAGAAGGAAUUCGAGAAGGAUAAGGAUGAUGAUGAAACCUUUGAAAAGAAACAGAAAGAGCUGGAUGCUGCCUCUGGGGAGGAGGAGAGACAGCGCCUGAUGGAGGAGCUGGAGGAAGCCAAAGACAAGGCUCGGAGACGGUCGUUAGGCAACAUUAAGUUUAUUGGUGAGCUGUUUAAGUUGAAGAUGCUGACUGAGCCAAUCAUGCAUGACUGUAUUGUCAAACUGCUGAAGAACCACGAUGAAGAGAGUUUAGAGUGCCUCUGUAGACUGCUCUCCACCAUCGGCAAGGACCUGGACUUUGAGAAGGCCAAGCCACGCAUGGAUCAGUACUUUAAUCAGAUGGAGAAGAUUAUAAAGGAGAGAAAAACCUCCUCAAGAAUCCGCUUCAUGCUCCAAGACGUGCUGGAUUUGAGACGGAAUAACUGGGUUCCCAGGCGUGGUGACCAAGGACCUAAGACUAUAGAACAGAUCCAUAAGGAGGCUGAACUGGAGGAGCACAGGGAGCAAAUCAAAGUCCAGCAGCAGCUCCUCUCCAAGAAGGAGAGCCGUGGAGGCCCAGGAGGAGGUGGGGGAGGAGGUCCAGGCCUAAGAGGAGGCCCUCAUACCCCAAGCCCACGUGGAGGAGGACAGGGGCCUGAUGAAGGCUGGAACACAGUCCCCAUCUCUAAGAACAGACCAAUCGACACAACACGUCUCAGCAAGAUCACCAAGCCAGGAGCACUAGACUUCAAUAACCAGCUUCUUGCCCCAGGGGGUAAGGGGACAUGGGGCAGCUGGGGUAAAGGCAGCAGUGGAGGAUCAGGAGCCAAACCCAGCGACAGUGCUCAGGACUCUGGUCGUCCAAGCACUCUGAAUCGUUUCUCAGCGCUCCAGCAGCCUUCCUCUUCUGCCUCAUCCUCACUCACAGACUCAGACAGGAGAGUUCCACACAGGAGUAGCUCCAGUCGUGAGCGGGGAGACCGCUACGACAGGCGAGAUGAUCGUAUGGACCGCGGUGGAGACCGGUUUGACCGCAGAGACGAUCGUGACCGUGGCUCGGACCGUUUGGAUCGGAACCGACCAGCCAUCGGCAAACGAAGCUUCAGCCGUGAGAAAGAGGAACGGAGCCGGGAAAGGGAACAGCGAGCAAGUGACAACGUCCGCCGUGUCUCCAGCAUGACGGAAGACAGAGAGAGGGAAAGAGAGAAGGAGAGGGAGAGGGAACGAGGCAGCAGAGAAGGGGUUACCAUCAAAGAGAAUGUGAAGAGAGACACUGCCCCCACACCUCCUCCACCCUCCACUAAACCUGCUCUGACUGAAGAGGAGCUGGAGAAAAAAUCUACCGCCAUUAUUGAGGAGUACCUACACAUCAAUGACCUCAGGGAGGCGCUGCAGUGUGUGAGUGAGCUGAACAGCAGUGCGCUGCUGUAUGUAUUUGUGCGGAUUGGCAUUGAGUCGACGCUGGAGAGAAGCGCCAUCGCUAGAGGGCACAUGGGCCAGCUGUUUCACCGUCUGAUUAAAGCAGGAACACUGACCACACAACAGUACUACAAAGGGCUUCUGGAGGUGUUGGAGGUAGCUGAGGACAUGGCCAUAGACAUCCCUCAUAUCUGGUUGUACCUGGCAGAGCUCAUCACUCCCAUGCUCCAUGAGGGAGGCAUCCCUAUGGGCCAACUCUUUAGGGAGAUGUCUAAACCCCUGGUGCCGCUGGGUAAAGCUGGUGUUCUGUUAGUUCAGAUUCUCAACCUGCUCUGCAAAGAGAUGACCCAUAAGAAGGUGGGAGCCCUGUGGAGGGAGGCGGGGCUUAACUGGAAGGACUUCCUGACUGAAGAUGAGGACGUCAACAAGUUUGUCAGUGAAAACGGAGUGGAGUAUACUUUGGGUGAGGAGUGUGUGAAAGGAGGUGGUAAGAAUGUGAUGAGUUCAGAGGAGAUCAGUAAACACUUAGACCAACUUCUACAGGAUAAAGCCACCGAUCAGAGGAUCUUCGACUGGAUAGAGGCGAAUCUGGAUGAGCAGCAGAUGGCGUCUAAUGCCUUUAUCAGAGCACUGAUGACCUCUGUCUGUCAGUCAGCCAUCAUCUAUGAAAACCCGUAUAAAGUGGACACCCAGCAGAUUACCCAGAGGGCCAAGCUGCUGCAGCGUUAUGUGAAAGAUGAGGAUAAAGAACUACAGGCUCUGUAUGCUUUACAGAGCCUCAUGGUACAGAUGGAGCAGCCCCCCAAUCUGUUGCGAAUGUUCUUUGACGUCUUGUAUGAUGAAGACGUCAUUAAAGAGGAGGGUUUCUACAAGUGGGAGUCGAGUAAAGACCCAGCUGAACAACAGGGCAAGGGUGUGGCCCUCAAAUCUGUCACCGCCUUCUUCACCUGGUUACGGGAGGCAGAGGACGAAUCAGAUAACAGCUAGAUUUUAACUCCGCCCACCUGAGACUGAAAGAAGAUGAAACGUGGAAGUCUAAAGAAUCCUUCCGGGGAAAACAAGAAAAAAAGAGUAAAACUUUGGGAGAGAUUCCACUACAGAGAAAUAUAAGUCUUUUUUUUUUUGAACAACGGAAUGUCUUUUUUUUUCUUUUUUAGCUGAACUGAACUGAAUAUAAAUAAAAUGAAAAACAUUGAGCUGAAAGAGAGCAGAAGAGGAAGCCUUUGUUGCUAUGGGAGACUCCUCCUUUUCCCUUGUUGUUUUUACUUUCACUACUUCCUGUCGCCAUAGUGACGGAUGCAGCCAGGCCUCCCUCAGUGAUGGAAUUCACAAUGAUAAAGAGAAAAUCACAAUAAGAAAACGGACAAGGCUGCUCAAAUGCUUUAUUUUUUAAAUUCUUCAUACAUGGAACUUACAAACUGUGGGCUGCAUUUUGGAGGAUCGAUGUAUGGAUGGAUGGAUGCGUGGUACAAAGAAUAGAUAACACAGUGUUUUCUUUUUUUUUUUCCCUUUAAUUUUUCAAUUUUGAUUUUUUUUUCUUUCUUUCUUUUUUCUUCUUUUUUUUUGGUUUCUCCAGAGUGUAGAAUUGUUGGAGUGUGACUUUUCUGCAUUUUUUUUAAUAAGCAAAAAAAACAAAACAAAACAAAAAAAAAAACAACAACAACAAAAAACAACAAAAAAAGCAAAGUAAGUUUCCCAUUGCAGAGCUGUGAUUGGUGGAUUCAUACCGGGGGACUGAAAAACACCCAGUCAGCUCUGAUCAUUACAGAGGAAAAUGGGGGACAUGAACUUUGAUCUUUUGCUGCGUUGCUGCUGAGGAGUGGGGGUCACCGCUACUGCCCCUCCUGUGACCUUUGACCUUUCUCAUACACUUUAAAAACAGAAACAAGAGGGGGGGGGGAGAGACUUUUUGACUAAAAAGUGAGGGUUUACCCCAUGUCUGUAGUGCAUUUUAAAAGAGAAAGUCAUUAAAACUUGAAAAAAAUAUGUAGAGAAAUCAUCUUUAAAAGAAAAUACACAAAAGAUCAAAUGACAGAAAAACUAUGAAGAAAUUUAAACAGUACGAAUCCUGAGAGGCCUUUUCUGCUUCCUGCAGUGGAAAUGCACGACAGGACAGUUCUGUAAAUACGUUUAGGAGGUUUUUUUUUUUCUUUUUUCCUGUAAUAAAUAAAUGCUAACUUUAAUGCCAUCUAAUUUUUUUCCUGGCAGUUUUCUGUAUUUAUAUGAUUUUUUUUUCUUCUUUCUCCUCUGUCAGUGAGGAGGUCAAUAACCCUCCUCUAGUCAUUGAUUACGAUUUAAUCAUGGUUUUU